GGCCGCUGGGUGCGGAGAUGGGGGUGCGAUGUCGCGUCGCGCGCGCGACCGCUCUGCUGCUGCUGUGCGGGGCGCUGGCAGGUACCGGCCGGGCGGGGGCGGGGGCGGGGGCGGGGGCCGGGGGGAGGGUUGCCGUUGCCAUGGUAACACUGCGCUCCUGUUUCCUCGCAGGGAUUCUCCUGCCGCCGCCCGCGCGGGCCGCCGCCGCCGCCUCGCCAAAAUGCUACUUGUAUGGUUUGCCUGGAUGUCCAAAGAACUUUAACCCAGUUUGUGGGACUGAUGGGCACACUUAUCCAAAUGAGUGUGCACUUUGCCUUUCAAACAGGGAAAAUAGGAGAGAUGUCAAAAUUCGCUGGAAGGGAUACUGCUAAUACGGUAGUAUUAAACUUGAACAUGGAACAGAGGAAAGCCAAAUUGAAGAGGAAACCGUGUCUUAAAUUUGCUGUCUGUGUAGUUUAGUCUGAUUAAAUAAAAUGCCUAUUUUGCUCUUAUACCACUUUUGAAUAGACAUAAUACCAUUAUUUUAUUAAAAUAGUAGUCAUGUUUAUGAAUGUACCUGUAAGAUUCAUUUAUAUUCUCAUAGUCUAUAUUUCCUUUUUCUUUGGAAGAUACUACACUAUUGAAGAUUUCUGAAUCUAAUUUGAUUUUAUUAUCUAUGUAGAAUUUGUCUGAGAUGGCAUGGUUACUUCAUAGAGCAGUUGAGGCAGCUCGGUAUGUGGGGAUCUUGCAGGUUAUAUAUACCAUUGCUGCACCAUCCAUGUGUCUAACCUCCCUAGGUGUGGCAUAAUUUUUACUUACAAGACCAAAUUUCUAAGCAUGCUGUAUGUUCCAUAUCAUCCCCUACCACUGCAAAGUCACUGGUAUGAAGUUUUUUUGUUUUAUUUUUUAAUUAAAAAGCCAGGAUAACUUGUUCUAGUUACAAAAAACUUUUACCUCCCCUGAGAUCUCGGCUGGCUGCUAUAGGCAGAGGACUGUCUUUUCCACACUGAAUUUGCAAUACAGAUUCUUCUUGGUGGUGUGUGGACCCUAACAGGAAUACAGCUUACCUGCUGCCCACAAUGCUUAAACUUGUUUUGUAACCAUUUGAUUCUGUUGUUGAAAGCCACAGUUUUUAAUUGUCAGUAAGUUUUAUACCAUACCUAUUUUUAGCUUUUAUCAGUCUAUACACUGCAAGCUACUUAUGCACGCUUUUCACUUUGAUGUGUGACUCCAUCUUACUUUGAAUAAAAUAUCUUGUUAUUUCUGCAUUAGUCAGUAGCAAAAGCAAAGUGCCAACUUAACAUUCCCCACAUUCAAUUCUCACUAUUAUCAAAUAACAACUUCAGCUUAAUGCAUUUCCACCUUAGUGAUGUCUUAUGAUGCUGAUGUUAAAAUAUAUAACUUUAGCCCCAGAGGGGAACAUAUUACAGUCUAAGCCCCUGAUGCUGUAUCAGGAACUGCUAGCAUAGAGCAUCAUUGGGGUGUCCAUUCACUUUAAUGAGACUCUUCCUGGGCUCAGGAAGAUGAUAGCCAAUUCCAGUGCAGAGUCUAGGCAUAAACUAGUAAGUUAGCUGUUUCAGAAUGUUACUUGGUUGCAUAGAAGGAUUAAAAGUGUUUUGGUUUUUUUUAGUUAGAUGUUGUCUUACCAAGAUUUCUACUGUUAAACUGUAACAUUAGUUAUAUAGGAUGAUUAUUAAAUAGUUUCAUACCCUAGAAGUGGGAACCUUGUUAAUAAUAAGGAACAAAAAUUCAGACCAAUAAAAAUAAGUUCUUCGAAUAUG